UUCUCCCUCGCAAGGAAACAGGCCGGUGGGUGCCCGGGCGAAGGAUGGAGUUCGAGCUCAUGGAGAGCGACAUCCUGGAGGCGCUGGAGGAUCUAGGGAUAAGAGCCCUCGUAUGCUGGUUGAGACAUCUGUCAUCUUUGACAUCUAUCAAGAGUUGACUGCACCAAUUGUCAAAGUGGACUCAGUCAUUUGAAGUUUUACUUCUUCAAGUUACAAAGGUCCAUUGUUAGAAGAUGAAGCGCUGACUCAAGCAGUCUCUGGUGGAGCCAGUUCCCCUGAAUUUACCAAACUCUCUGCUUGGCUGGUAUCUGAGUUAAAGCUAUACUGUAAAUUAGAAGAAAAUGUGCAAGCUACUAACAGUCCAAAUGAGGCAGAAGAGUUCCAACUUGAAGUGAGUGGGCUUCUGGGGGAAAUGAACUGUCCAUAUGCAUCACUAACAUCAGGAGAUGUGACAAAACGCCUUCUCAAUCAGAAGAACUGCCUCCUGCUGCUCACAUACCUCAUCUCAGAACUGGAAGCUGCCAGAAUGCUGUGUGUGAACACCCCUCCAAAAAAAGCACAAGAAGGAGGUGGUAGCGAGGUCUUUCAGGAGCUAAAAGGCAUUUGUAUUGCAUUAGGCAUGUCCAAGCCUCCAGCCAACAUAACUAUGUUCCAGUUCUUCAGUGGAAUCGAAAAAAAACUAAAAGAAACCUUAGCAAAGGUUCCGCCUGGCCAUGUUGGAAAACCUUUACUGAAGAAACCAUUGGGACCAGCUCAUUGGGAAAAAAUUGAAGCAAUUAACCAAGCCAUAGCCAAUGAGUAUGAAGUUCGGAGAAAACUCUUAGUGAAACGUUUGGAUGUAACUGUGCAGUCGUUUGGCUGGUCAGAUAGAGCUAAGAGUCAAACAGAGAAACUGGCUAAAGUCUACCAACCCAAACGUGCCCUUUUAACUACCAAGUGCACUAUUUCCAUUGCUCACCUCUUGGCAGCUCGGCAAGAUUUGUCAAAGAUUAUGAGGACAAGCAGUGGGUCUAUCCGAGAAAAGACUGUGUGCGCCAUUAAUAAGGUAUUAAUGGGCAGAGUACCUGAUAGAGGGGGCAGACCAAAUGAAAUUGAGCCUCCACCUCCUGAGAUGCCACCAUGGCAGAAAAGACAAGAUGGUCCUCCACAGCAAAGUGGAGGCAGAGGAGGAAGAGGUGGCUAUGAAUCAUCAUAUGGAGGAAGAGGUGGUUAUGAACAAGGGGGUCAUGACAGAGGAGGGCGAGGAGGUUAUGAUUCUUCAUAUGGAGGACGAGGAGGUCAUGAACAAGGGGGUCAUGAACGAGGCGGUCGAGGAGGAGGACGGGGUGGUUAUGACCAUGGAAACAGAGGGGGAGGAAGAGGAAACAAGCACCAAGGAGGCUGGACAGAUGGCGGAGGAGGAGGCUAUCAGGACAGCAACUACAGAGAUAGCAACUACAGAGAUGCAGGUUUUCAAACAGGUGGUUACCAUGGUGGCGGUGGUGGCUACCAAGGAGGCGGCUAUGGAGGCUAUCAAUCGUCUUCAUACACAGGAAGUGGAUACCAGGGUGGUGGCGGCAGCAGCGGUGGUUACCAGCAAGACAACAGAUACCAAGAUGGUGGGCACCAUGGUGAUCGAGGUGGUGGGCGUGGAGGAGGGAGAGGUGGCCGUGGAGGCCGCGGUGGCCGUGGAGGCCCAGGAGGAGGCUGGGGAGGCAGAGGUGGACAGAACUUUAAUCAAGGAGGGCAGUUUGAGCAGCACUUCCAGCAUGGAGGCUAUCAGUAUAAUCAGUCUGGAUUUGGACAAGGAAGACACUUUACUAGCUGAGGCUGCUAAAUCUUACACUUCAGCAGAGCUCAAGUAAUAGAAACCUAGUGUCAGAGGCCUGAUCUAUUGCUUCUUGAAUUAGUAAAAGACCAUAUGUGGUGGCAAGGCCCUGUCUGGGUGAGAGGUCUUGCUUCAAGCAAGCUGUAGGUUCCCAUACAACUCUGAUUUUCUUUUUGUUGUUUGACUGAAAUAAAUAAAUUGCCACUCUUCACUGGGAUUAACCAAACCUUAAACCAACAGCUUAGUUUUUUAGAUGGAAUCCCUUUGAUCAAAUCAUUUUGUUCUGAAAUUAUUACCCUGCUGUGAUUGACUUCCAUUCUGGGGGUAUAUAUGCUGACGCUAGGAAUGCUUUUCUGAUCAAACUUGUAAUAGACACACACAACAUUGAAAACUAAUUAAAUUAUCGUUUAUAUGUUCUGCAUUUCUCUUUUUAAAUAUUCUUUAGGUGUAUAUGCUCCAAACACAGUUUUGAGUAUUGCUUUUGAUUUGCUGCCCUGUCAUCUUAAUCAAGAAAAGGUUUCUUGCUCAUGCUCUCACAUACCUACUUUCAAACUGCUUUCUAACUCUCAGGUCUCUUGUAUCUAUUAUAUGAGCUCUACUGCAGAUACCACAUUCAGUAGCCUUAUCUUCCACUAAUUGAAAAUUGUAUCUCCUGCUCAACUCUGGAGAUCUCGCCUGCGGCCAGAAUCUGCGAAGAUCAUUUUAAAACCAAGCUAAGUUGUGAACCGAUAGUGUAUGUAGGGCUGUAGUAAAGUAUAGCAAUUCAAACUGACCUGCAUCCAUCCAAAACAAGUUGCUCCUCUUACAAACCUAAUUUUUACUUGAAAUCAGCUAGAAGGAACAGCAAACUGAAAUUUGUUUUAUGCACGAGUUAAUACCACUGGCUCAGCAAAUUCAGGGCAAUUUGUUUUGGGGGUUGUCUUUUUUUUUCUUUUUUUCUUUUUUUUUUUUUUUUUUUUUUUGAAGAAAUGCACUACGGCCUGGAAAGACUAAUUCCUGCCUGGAGGAAGCCCUUUUACUAUUGCUGCAGAAAAUGAAGCCUGGCUGAGUUUGAUGUCUUGACAUUUUUUUCCUUUACUGAAAGCCACAUAAUGCUUCUUGCUGGGAUUUUGUGUACAUAAACAUUGUCAAGCUGUGAAAGAAAAUGGCUGAAGGUGUGCUGUUGUAUAAAAGGUGAGCAAUAAAAGUAUCUGUAUGUUC